UCCAGGAGCGCUGUACAGCUGCUGCUGGCUGCAAUUACCUGUCAGUCUUGUAAACUGGCACAGGGAAAGAAAAUGCGUUCAUCCCUCUUUUGCAAUUAAGAGGAAACAAGGUGUGGAUUUUGUCUUUUAUCCCAGUUUCCUUCCUAAAGUACAUUUUAGCCAUGAGAGCCACACGGAGAACCAACAGGAGAGGACCCAUAAGCUGGACCGCUUUUACGCAUCGCACAUCUUGGAGCGUCGGUGGAUCUCACAGAUUAUAAACACAUCAACGCUCUGCUGAAUUUAAGCCUCGCUGAGCUCAGUGUGCCGGCUCGAGUUUUAUGAUGAAGUACAGUUCGGUGGUUCUUGCUGCUGUGUGUUCAGGUCUGCUCAGUUUCAGCCUCCUGGCCGUGGCAAUUGGGACUGAUUAUUGGUACAUCAUCGAUGUGAAUAAGCCCAAUCACACAGGUCCAGACGAAUUGAGUUCACACUCUGGACUGUGGAGAAUUUAUGAAGGCGCAAACAGAAGUGCAGUCAUCCCCUCCUUCACAGCAAAUAUGUCCAGCCUGUCAGAAGUAGAAAGGCACCUUCUUGGCUUGCAUAAGGUGGUGGUCAUCUUACUGCCCCUCAGCCUGGUUCUGCUGGUGCUUGGCUGGAUCCUUGGCCUCGUCAGUUCAUUGGCCUGCAGCCCAAAAUUGUUGGCUGGAUCAGCAACAUACUUUCUCAUCUGCAGUCUUUUCACCCUGUCCGGCGUCAGCGUCUACAUCAAAUACUCGAACCACGCCAUGGACGCGUUCCAGCAGAUCGUUUCCCCGGAGAACCUCGCCUAUGUGGACGUGUCCUUCGGCUGGUCCUUGACCAUGGCCUGGCUCUCCUACAGCCUUGAGGUGGCCACUGGCCUGCUGCUCAUGCUCGCUGCCACAAUAACUCAAAUGAAGGGUCGUUAUGACUCCGGUGUAGCAAUCGCCAUGUUGUAGAUUGAAGCCGAGAGCUCACAGAUUGGACAGAAUUUCAUUGCCUGUUAUUUUUUUUUUUGGGGGGGGAGAACAGUUUACAAUAGUAUUGUAUGGUCAAGGGCCAGGACAACAAAGUGAACAGUAGAUGCAAGCUAAAUUUACCUAACCGUAGGCACAUGGAUGCCGGUUAAGUGAUACUUUUGAACAUUGUUACUGCUUGAUGUGACUACCUCUCAUUUCAUUCUCUCUAUCAUUUUCUUUCAACUGUGCCAGAUGUUCCAAAUGGGAAAUCUAAUCAUCCGCAGAGUAAUUAUGGCAUACAUUUUAUUUUUCUUUCAUGGCUUUAUUAGUGCGUUUCAAUAAGUGCAGUCUUUUUUUUCUGCCUCUGUACAAUCUAGACACUGAAAACCAUUGUAAUGCAUAUGUGACUCUGUGUUUCCAACAUGCUAUUAAAAUGAACAUGUCAUUUAAAGAGAGCAGCUCCAUCUACAAGGCAAAUGCACACUCGCUGCCUUGCAAUAAGAAUAAUUAGCCCAUAAGCCUUUCAGUCUAAUGGGCUAAUUUCCUUUUGCAGUGUGCUACAUAGGCUUUUCUACAUGAGGAAGUCGUCUGUAUUUUGCUACACCUGUAUGUUAUACUGUAUAUAUUUAAAUCUAUAUUGGUGUAUGUCGUACAAAUCAAAGUAUUGCUGAUUCUGCAGCAGAACAAGCAAAGCAGGUUGGGCCAGAAUGACAGAAUUUAACAAUACAGGUGCUGCACUGGAGUAAUUUGCAUAUCACUGCUUGUGAAAAGCAAUUGAUCAUUGUAGCAUCAAUGUAGCAAUUGAUCAAUGAGGUUGGCUGAUGGGUGUUGUGCUCUAUAGAGAAAUGUUAAGUUUGUGCCUCCUGCUUACAACCUGCUGUGCCCAUUCUGGUGGUGAAUCCCAUAAUCACAGGAAUAGGACUGAAUGCCAGGGGGAUUCUGCAAGCUGUUUUUCAGCAGCACCAAAUACGUGCAUGUGUUGCUGCCUGCUUAUAAUAACAGUUAGAUAUUGCUGUAUCAAUUAUGUGCUGUGAAAACUAAGACUUCACGUCUCAGAAUAUUGAGAUUAAAAAAAAAUAUAUUCAAAAUUUUACCAUUUACAAUGCUGUUCACUGCAGUGUUGUCCUCACUUGUGCUCCAAUAACUAAAACAUCAGUCCAUUGUGGCAUGACUCCAUACUGUGAAUAAAAAAUAGGGAGCGGGACAAAGCAUAUUGAGCCAAUACUUCCUCAUGUCAGAUUCUGUAAUCAGUUUUCACCAUACUGAUUUUGUCUGUAUUAUGAAACAUUAAAAUCUAAAUCACUACA